AUGAUUAUCAUCAAGGCAACCCUGCGCGAUGAGACUCGCCGCCUCAUGUUCGACUCGAAUGGCUUCCCCGAGUACGACGACGUGCAGCAGAGGCUCCGCGCAAUCUUCAAUCUCCCGAGCACCGCCCACCCUUUCUGGUCCAACGUGCUCUUCUUCCCCGAUGACACCAAGCCGUCGCGCAUCAAGUUCAAGCACCAUGUAUGCACGGCCGAAGAGUACAAGCAGGCCCAACAGCCCUUCAGUCGCAUUACGGGGUACCCUAGCCCCCUCCUCGUCUUCACCGUCCUCCUCUCGUCCGACUCGAGGAUGAACAAGAUUCGCGACUUCCAUCGCUCGGCCAAGCUCCAGGCCGACCUGGCCCAGCUCGAGACCGACAUUCGCGCUCUCGAGGACGACCUCGUCGAGCGCCACCAGCUCCUCGUCGCUCUCGAGGACAAGGUUGAAGACUGCCAGCUCCAGAACGACGACGUUGGCGUCGGCUACUGGUCUGACCGCGCCGAGGAGAAGCGUCGCUCGCUCCCCCAGCUCGACGAGCAGCUGCGCGGGUGGCGCAUCUCUCGCCGCAACAUUCUUGACGACCUCGACGCCGUUCGCCCUACGGGCCUCUCGCUCCGCCAGUGGGCUGACCUUGAGAAGACUGCCGAGAACCGGCGCACCGAAGAGACCAACCAGGAGCUUUGCGCCUGGCAGAUUGAGAACAACGACGACCCGUCGUCGCCCUUCCCGCCACUCGACUCGGUGCUUCAUGGUGCAGCCAACAACGGACGUGGACCUCGCCCUGGUCACCACCCGUACGCAUGGGACGGCUUUGCCAACCUCGGCGCGCCUCCUCCCCCGCCUCCAGGCAUGCGUCCUCCCCCGCACGUUCCCGCUGCCAUUCGGUCGCUCUUCAACCCUCCCGAGAAUGCGGGUCGUGAGAUUGGUCAACUUCUUGACCGCUUCCUCGUCCACUUCCAAGGCCAACUCGUCGAGACCCUCGACGACUUUGCUGCGCGUAUCGCCCCCGCCUCAGCUGCAGCUCCAUCCCAAUCGCAGGACGACGCUGCCCCGCAUGUUCCUGGUGCCUUUGUCACCACGCCGCCCACCCAGGCCCACGCGGCGCAACCAUCUGAGGCUGAGGAGCCAAAGUGCAAGAAGCACGCCAAAGGUGGUUUCAGACACAAGCACAUUACCUGCGAUGGCUGUCUGACCGGCAUCCGUGGCAUGCGGUACCACUGCCUCGUUUGCCCAGACUAUGACCUGUGUGGAACCUGUCUUCCCCUUCUCCACACCGAGGAGCUGCACCCUCCCAGCCACACGUUCAAGGCGAUGCUCCACCGCGGACUCGAGGAGCGUAUUACGUUUGGUGGCACCGAGCCGACCCGCCCUUCGCAGCAGUCGUGUCGUCACCCUGCCACAUGUGAUGUCUGCGACCAGAACAUUAUCGGUGUUCGCUGGAAGUGCCUCGAAUGUGUCGACUGGGAUUGCUGCUCGUCCUGCGCCAAGUCUGUCGGCACGACGCACCCCGGUCACUCGUUUGUCAAGCUCCACAAGGCCACCGACUACGUCUCCAACCCGCUCAGCGACGCCAAGGCGAACGUGACUCACCCGUAUGUCAUCUGCGACGGUUGCAACGACACUAUUCGCGGCGCUCGCUACAAGUGCAUGCACCCCAGCUGCGCGGGAACCCCGGCGGGCUAUGACUUGUGCGAAAAGUGCGAGGCCAAGCCCGUCCCCGUCCACCCCGAGGACCACCCAAUGCUCAAGAUCAAGACCCCGCUUCGCGUCAACGUUCAGUCGUCGUUUGACCCGAUCGACAAGGUCUACGAUGACCACCACCGCCGCUUCCGCGUGCCCAAGACUGCCCCCAAGGCCGCGUCGCCUCCCAAGACCAAGACUACCUGCAACGCUCCUUCGGCGCAGGCUUGCUCAUCGAGCCGUACAGUCCAGCCCUCCGCGUUCAGCCGUGGCGGCGAGUACGCCAAGGCAAUGGACGCGCUCAUCGAGACCAUGUCGCUUGCUGGCACCGAGAUCCGUGUCCCCGGUGGCUACGUGAUCAGCAAGGGUGCCGAGCAGGCCAGCAACAUUGCAUCGAGCAGCAAGGCCGUCUCUGUCAAGACGGAGGAGGAGGAGAUGGCGUCUCUGGCUACCCCAAUGGCACCUACCGUGGCGUCUCCCAAGCUUAUCGCCGAGCCUGCCGCGCCUGUUAUUGAGCGCACCGUUACGCCUGUUCCCGUCGGCAGUUUCCCCGUCACGCCCGUCAAGACUGCUCCCUCCGCCACACCUAUCCCGUCCGCGCCGAUCCCGUCGUGGAAGACCCCGGAGCCUGUGACCUUCAAGUCGUCGGGCCCCACUGGCCGACCUUUUGCCCAGCCCACCCCUCCCAAGGUUGUUGAUGAAGCCUGGGAGUGCAAGACCUGCACCCUCAUGAACCCUGCUUCGGCAGUGGACAAGCGUGUCGUUUGCGAAGCUACCAAGCCAGAGAAGCGCAUUGUGAUUGAGGAGGUCACCAAGGAUGUCGAGGUCGAGCAGGAGACGGUCAAGGAGACUGUUACCGAGGACCCUAUCACCAAGAUCAUUGCCGCGGCGGCUCCCCCGCUCACCAAGGAGCCUAUCGGCCCCAACGACAUCUUCACCUACGUCCGCCACGCUACCAUUCCACCCGGCACCCGUCUGCCCGCUGGCGCGGAAUUCACAAAGACCUGGACUGUCCGCCACUACGCCAACGGCUCGGACUUUGAGUUUGACAACCUCAAGCUCGUUCACAAGACCGACGGUGCCCUUGGCCGUCACUGCAAGCCCCACGUCGCCGUCCGCCGCGAGGAUGUCGUCAACGGCGAGGACGUCGAGGUCAAGGUUGAGGGCCUGAUCGUCCCCGACCAGCCUGGCGAGGAGGUCAUGGAGAUGUGGCGUUUCGAAGACGACAAGGGCGUUGCCUAUGGCCAACCCCUCCGUGUCCGGAUCCACGUUGAGGAGACCAACUCGGGCGAGGCGUCGCUUGCCUCGUCUUCGUCGUCGUUUGUCCUCCCGCAGGCGCCCGUUGCCUCGCAGACCCCCGACGAGUUUGUCGAAGUCGAGGCCGUCUCGGCUGCCGAGUUCAACGACCGCCUCUCGGAAGUCGCCCCUCCGACCCCGGACGCCGACGAUGUGUCGUCUGUCUUUUCGUUCUCGGACGUUGAGAAUGACGUUACCGUCACGGCUGCGCCACAGACGGUCUCGUCGACUGAGAGCGAGGUCUCGGACGAGUACGACUUUGUCGACGAGUCGUUUGACGGCGAGACCACCGAGGACGGCUUCUGA